AUGGCAAAGACGAAAGGAAAAUCAAGCUUACAAGCCUUCGAGGAGCAAGAACGAGUGAUGGAAAAAAGUGAUUCGGUUGUGAACUUGACUAAGCCAUCAUUAUACGGUAUUUACAAUGACUCGUCUACUAGUUUGAACAAGGAAAAUGAGGAGGUUGAGGAAUACCUAGAGGGCAACCAACUCCACAUCAAGGCAAAGGACUCUUCCAAGCGGCCACGGAAUCAAGGUACCGUCAAAACAUCACACCAGAAAGUGUCCUCGCCUCAAAGAAUUGCUUCGAUUUUGUUUCGCGUAGCAACUGUUUCGACAGCUGCCCUCGUAUACAACGAAGUCACCAAGCAUAUACAUGCGAGUAAUCUCAAUGAUAUCGGAACACAAAUCAAUGCGUAUUUGGUUACAUUUAUGGAGAAUUGGAAGCCCAUAAGAUAUCUUGCAAAUGUGGAUCAUCCAGCAGAUGCAUUUUUCAGCUUGGCCCUGGAAGGUCUUAUUUUAAGCAGCAUCCUCCCUCUUUUGGACAAUGUCAUGCCUGGAUCCUUUUCCAAGAGACUAUUAUCCUCGAGUCCCGACCCUUAUUACAGGUCGAACUUGAUGAACGACAUUGUAAGGUCGCUGAUUGCAUUUUUGGGUGUAUCUUACGCUAUUAGACACAUUGAGUGGAAAUCAUCGCUUCAGAUGGCAAUGACAUGGUCCCUUAUAAACCCGUGCUUGUGGUUGUUGUUAGAUGGAACUAUUAGUGGAUUCAUUGCGUCGACAGGCACUGCAUUCGGCGGGUCGGCCAUCGUCUACUAUCAAAAUGGCGUUAAGUUCUCCACCGACAAAGAUACUGAUCUUAUCAUUCUCCUUUUUAUUGCAAGUUUCUUCUUUUGCGGUGUUAUCAUCUUUGGCAAAUUGGGUAGACUCUUAUUUGGGAAGCUGAAGUUUCAGAACUAA